CCAAGCGGGAAGAUUUGGUAAACAAAUUGAAUUUAGUAACGGUUUCUCUCCUUGUCCGCCGUCCGGAAUGUUCGGAUUGAUAUUCGUAAGCGUUUGUAAAGAGAGCCAAAUCCCGAGGGAUUAAUUGUCGUCAAAAGGAGAAAAAGAAGAAGAAGAAGGGAUUCCACGUGAAAGAAAGUGGGGAAGAGAAGAAGAACGGUUUUGCCAACACACCGGCCGGGAGCGGUACGAGAGAUUUUAGUUGUCACACGCAACGUGCACUCUCGUUAUACAAGAUGCCGAGGACCAAGCGCAACAGAGCGGCGAGCAACUCGAAGGAGCGCGACACGGCGAUGAAGGCCUUCGAGAAGCACGUGCAGCUCCGUAUCGCCAAGAUGGAACGCGACGCACAGGCGGACCUGAAGGGCUUCGAGACGUGCAUUGAGGUUAUACUUUCCCGCUUGCCGGCGGGAAUUCGUCAAAUGAAAUUGAGCGAGCUGAUGGACUGGCGGAACCAGAAUGACAGCCAGAAGGAGAAUCGCAACGAUGAGGUGAGCUCGUCGGUCAAGGAUCUUCAUAUGCAACCACCCCUGGCCGUCCCUAGACCGAAGAAGGUGAACAAAACUGCCAAACGUACUGCUAAUGCCGCGUCUGACGACGGAUACGCAACCGGAGGCACCAGCAUGGACAGCACGUCGCGGAUCGCUCGGGCACAGGCGCAUACAACGUCGGCCGUGAGGACACGCAGUUUCACUAGAGCGAGCAGAGCCAAGCUCAGUGAGAUUAAUCAGAAAAUGACACCAGCCAGAAUGCCGAGGCUCCUGGACAACGCAUACAGUGUGGUCACGCCAAAAGUCAAGCCCAACACACCGUUGAACGUGCUGAGGCGUCCACGACAAGGGGAAAUGGUCUUAAGCAUGCAGGGCAGUCCACUGCUGGUCUCUGCUGUCGUCGAGGAAAAAACUGCCAAUAUUAAUGUACCUCUGAGUGACGGCAAUGUAAUGUCCUUGCUGCCUCAAGAGGGAUUGCGUAUGUCAAACAUUCCCUCUCUUGAUCCCGAGAUAAUGCAUCAAUUAGAGACUCUUAAGAAUCACAUCGAAAAAGUUAUUGCAUUCAAGUAGUAAAUAUUAGUAAAUGUAGAAUAAUCAGUGUAAAAUAAUAAAUUAUACAUAUAUCGUAAAAAUAUUUUUAGACUUUUAUAUAUUUAUACUCGCUCGUGAAAAGAAAAAGAUGAAAUGUGUCUUUCCUCUCUUGUUGAAAUUUUGUGAUAAAUAUCUUUCAAAUAUCUCCAAAAUAUCAACUUGAUACUUGUACUAUUUCCUGGAAGUGUAAUAUUUUUUGACCGGAAAAAAUACUUUUUUCGUUACGAUUGUAAAUAUUUAUGAAAAUUAUUUUGUGACACUAUACAAACGUUCAAUAAGUUGAUAUAUUUUUAUUUAAUAUUUUUAUAUAAUUAUAAACAUUUCUAAAAAUAUUCUUUAAAAAUAUUUUAAGUAUGUAGUUGCGCAUGUAUGCGUGCAUAUUUUGUAUCAGCGUAAUAUUUAUAACUCACAUAUACAUACAUGGUAAAAAUUUGAAUAAAUAUUAUUUCUUAGCUAA